GGAAGGUGGUACCGGGGAUUGAAUUUACAAUCUCACACUUGCCAGGCAAGUGCUUAUACCGCUGAGCUAAAUCCCCAGCUGGACAGCACUGUUUUAUAAAACAUCCUGUUUGAUGAGUAUAUAAUUAUGCUCAACCUCAUCCAACAACAGAUGGUAUGAAAAGGAAGGAAUAAAAAUAAAUAAAUAAAAUAAUUUUUAAAAAAAGGAAGGAAUCGUAUCUGUUUUUGAGACAGGGUCCUGCUAUGUAUUUCAGACUGUCCUUGAACUAUUUAGUCCCAGCCUGUCUCAGAUUCUCAGUGAUCCUUCUGCCUCAACAUCCCAAGGACUGUAAUUACAGGCAUGCACCACCACACCUGGUGGGUUUUUCUUUUUUGAUAGUCUAGUUUUUUCCAGGCCAGCCUCAACCUCUUGAGUAUCAGGGCUAUUUGUCUCUUGUUUAUGUGAUGCACAUGCUAAAAAUCCGUUGGUAAAAUGUUUUUAGUUCUCAUCAUUCCAGGUGAGUAGUAUUCCGUGACUCUCCCUAGACUCCAGGAAAAAUCUGUUCUCAGCUUUACAUCAGCUAACAAAUUGGAAUCUGAUAGAACAAUUCACACCACAUUGCAAAUGACUGAUAACAACUUUGUGUUCACCCCUUUUGGGGAGUAUUUCCAUUUUAACAGGGAACAAUCCCUGAACCCAAAGGAAUGAAUCCCUAAUGGUGGAGUUUCAGGCAUCAGUGACAGGCUGCACCCAGACUCCCCAGGCCAGUGCUUGCAGGUGACAAACGAUGGCCUGAACUAUGAGCAAGCAGGACUACAUGAACACUUCGGUGCAGGAGCCUCCUCUUGACUACUCCUUCAAAAGCAUCAGUGUCAUCCAAGAUCUGAUCAGUGAGGAGCCAAGGACAGGGCUACGACCACUGAAGCAUUCAAAGUCAGGGAAGUCACUGACCCAGUCCCUGUGGCUGAACAACAAUGUCCUCAGUGACCUGAGAGAUUUCAACCCGGUGGUUUCACAGUUGCUGGAGCACCCAGAGAACCUGGCCUGGAUUGAUCUAUCCUUCAAUGACCUGACUUCCAUUGACCCCGUCCUAACGACAUUCUUCAACCUGAGUGUCCUCUACCUUCAUGGCAACAGCAUCCAGCGCCUGGGGGAGGUGAACAAACUAGCUGUUCUCCCUCGACUCCGGAGCUUGACGCUCCACGGGAACCCCAUAGAGGAAGAGAGAGGGUACAGGAUGAACCCACUCUCCCCACAAACCAUACUCCAGUCCCUCCAUUCAGAGGAGAUAGCAGCAAUUCAGGGAAGCAGAGGGGAAGGGGACUGUGCCUGUGAGUCUUCCCACAGGCAAUACGUGCUGUGCAGUCUGCCUCGUAUCACUACGUUCGACUUCAGUGGGGUCACCAAAACAGACCGCACCACAGCUGAGGUCUGGAAACGCAUGAACAUCAAGCCCAGAAAGACACACAUCAAGGAGAAUGCGCUCUGAGUUUCCCUCAGGUCUUGACCCCUGAAGACAGUCAGCUUGGCUUAACAAUAAAUGAUUUGAGCUGUUCAGCGGA